CGGACUCAGACGGUAGUAGUAAAGCCCAGCUCGGGUCGGCCGAGCGCAAAUGUGCGCUCUACGUGCUGACAGCCGCGUUUCGUUCGAGCUGGUCUCACCUGAGAUCUCGUUCGCAGAUCACGAACAGCGUGUCUCUGAAGAAAGUAGUCGAAGGACCUUCGAACCGGGGAGAGAGAUGCGUCUGGCGUGACGGACGUCCGACGUACGGCAACCGUAUACAGGAGAGGACGUCUCUCUACCACAGUGAACAUCCCUUCGUUUCAGUGUGUGUCCGUCGCUCAGUUUCUCUCUCGCUCGCUCGACAGUCUCGCUGGUUCUGUGUCUCUGCCUGUCUGUCUCUCUGUUACUCGUUGUUUGCGUCUCAGUCACGUACACACAUACACAUACGUAUCGUCUCUCCCCCUUUGUCUCUCUCUCGACGUCGUCCCUCUGUCGGCCCAUCGACAACGAGGGGAUAAAAGUGGCGCGAGCACGGGCAGACCCAGCCGGAGACUGGCGGCGUCCGAGGCACUGGCGGAGCUGGUGCACGAGAUCAGGAUGAAAUCGAGGAGCAAUAUAGCUAUAUCGAUCCUCCAUCAAGAUCGUCGAAGUUACGAGGUCUUUAGAGAAGGUACGUUCGUGUAAAGAUCUCGGCGAAAGUUUGUCAUUUGCUGGCGGAGGAUUUGACAGCCUGCGGCAGGGCAGGUCUCGAAGCGAAGAAAGGAGAAGGCAGGAAGCGGAGGUGAAACCAGGUACAAGCUACCAGGAAGGCCUAGCGCCUGGCUGUUUAGUGGCUGUUGACAAAGGCGGGGGGGUGACGGGUAACAGCACCUAAGGGCGGGUGGGGGGAUGCAGCUCGAAAGGGUGGCGGCAUGGAGGAGCCCUCGCUGGAGGCUCUCAUGCAGGCGGGCCUCAUCUUCGUGGUCGGUGUCGCCAUCAUCUUCUCGAAUCUCCUCAUCAUCGCCACCUACCUUAAUUUCCGUGGUCCCUCCGAGGUGAUAAACUACUACUUGCUAUCUCUCGCUUCGGCGGACCUUCUUUGUGGUCUGCUGGUGGUUCCGCUCUCGGUGUAUCCAGCGUUGGUACGACGAUGGGUCUAUGGGGACGUCGUGUGUCGUCUCGUUGGCUAUUUGGAAGUUACUCUCUGGGCGGUAUCUGUUUACACCUUCAUGUGGAUUUCUGUGGAUCGGUAUUUGGCCAUCAGGAAACCAUUGCGAUACGAGACCGUGCAGACGAAAACCCGAUGCCAGUGCUGGAUGGUCUUCACGUGGAUCAGCGUGGCGAUGAUGUGCUGUCCGCCCCUCCUAGGUUUCCAAAAGCCGAUUUUCGACCGGGAGGCGUUCAUCUGUAUGCUCGAUUGGGGCAACAUGGCUGCUUACACCAUCACACUGUCGAUCCUCGUGCUAGGCCCAUCGGUCAUCACCAUCGUCUACACUUAUUGCUACAUCUUCACGAUGAUGAGACGACUAAAAUCCGGCGUACUGAUUCACGACAAGGAGUACGCGACCGCGCUCUCGGAGAACUUGAGCAAUCCGAGUCAUAUCAUGUCCUUUGUCCUGGUGAUGACUUUUUGGGUGUCCUGGGCACCGUAUGCCGGUCUCCGGAUAUACACUGUCGUUAACGGACCGCCGCAGGUGCCGUUUCUGCAUUUCGCAGUAGUGUGGUUGGGGGUGACGAACAGUUUCUGGAAAGCGGUGGUCCUUGGUACCCUGAGCCCGCAGUUUCGACUAGCGGCUCGUGUGCUCUGUCUGACGUUGUGCUGCCGGCACAGACGACUUCCGCCGGAGCUGCUCGGCCUCGACGACGACGAUUAAAAGCCAAACGCCUACGAGAACAAGAGGGGAAACGCUUUCCUUUUGCGCGCGAGCGUUCUACAACACGCGCCCCAUUCUUAGAGCAUCGCUUUUCAUCUCUCGGUAUUCGAGGUCGUUUCUUGCAUCCGCUACCGUUCUCUCCGAGUCUCCUUCGAAGGCUGAGACUGAGAUUCUUUGUUCCGAGAAGCGCUACCACGACGUCCGACGAGUAAAACGCGCGAUCAAUCUGGUCGCGUUUCAAAAUGCGGAAUAAAUUUCAGGGAACUAGUAAAAAAAAAUGAUUUUUCACCAACGAACUUCUUCGAUGAGCGCCAAACUUUUCUGCCUCGAAAGAAGAACACUUUCUCUUCGGUGGCUUUUUCUUUGCAAAUGAUCGUUCCUUAGAGUCUCUGGAUAUUUAUCCGAUCCAUCUAUUUUCCGUUUCGCGUGGACGCGAUUCGAUUAAGACUAUUGCUUUCUGUUUCUCUUUCCGCGCCACGGGAGACGAAUUAUUCCUAGCCGAACACGAUUGAUCGGCCAAGUACAAUAAAGUAAAUCUCUCCGUAAGAUCAACGAGCAAUCAAGCGCUACGAUAAUAAACCGAAACUUGGAAGACUAAGAUUUUUGCUAACUGAAUUACCUUUUACCGUUAAAUCAGUUCGUCUCGAUGCAAACCGUCAAACCGCGUGUAAUUAAGAACCUAACAAACCGUUAAGACGAUUAGAGAAAAAGAUGAUAAGAAAAUUAAGAGGUCGAAAAAACGAGAAACGUGUCUGACCAGGACACGUGGUCGCUUCUUCGUCAAAACAGAUAUUCGAAUUAUUUAAAGAAACCGCGUAAACUGUUAGGGUAUUGCUUUUUCUAUACGAUUUCGAUUUAAAUAUAAUCGAUUAUACGUAUAUACACGUAUAUACAUAUACAGAUGUGUACGUGUCUGUUAUUAAAAGAAUUCACGUUAUCGACAAAACGUGGGAAGGAGCGUGAUGUAAGGCCGAAAGAAAGAAUCGAAGCUCAGUCUGGGGCGCGUUUGUCGCGCGAUCAAGAUUCUCGAAAGGGACGCGAUCCUCGUGGACGAAUCGUCGAUCGAACAUUCACAACGGACGACAUUCUGUUCGUUUUGGCGACGGUUCGCUCGACACUGAUCGUUACAGUCCGGAUUAAUUAAAUCGGAGAUGCCCUGUUUAUCUACUUUUUGCUUUUUCCUUCUCGAAGAACGCUCUCGAAAGUCGACGAAACGCGGAGAGCUCUCUCGCGCGUUCCUUUCCUCUCGGUGGUUUCAGGAGAGCGUUCUCGGAAAACUAAUCGUUGCCUAUAUCUACGUGGUAAGAUCACGCUCAAACACAAUUAUCUUAGCGAGUCGCGAUAAAAUAACGUGUAAACGUAUAACACGAGGACGAGCGAGCAGUCGCUUGCGAUCGCGUAACAUUCUACGCGAUUACGAAACUAAAAUCGAUCGAAGGGGGAUGCGAAGGGAAGAUGAUUAAGCAGGCGAACACAAAAUACAAGAGAACACUAGGUCAAUUAACGGAGAUGCCUCUACGAAUGCGACGCCGCGUCAAUCUGCGCGCCCGUAGAACGCCCAUGUGAAACGAAAACUCGCGGACGGGAUUUCGAUCGCGACGGUUAUACGCUUUUUUUAACGCGCUUCCUCCUCUACUCGGCCUCGCGAUCGGCCUCCCUUCCACUCUCUCUUUCUCGUUUUUAAUCAAACUUGCGCUGACACGUUUUACUUUUUCUUCUCUUUCGAAUUUCUUCUCUUGCGCCUAGUUAUUAAAUCCUCUUGCAAGUUCCUGUGGUUUUAAUUUUGUACGAACAUAAUUCCAUCGAAAUCGAACGUUUUUAUUUAAAGUAAUUUCCAUAAUUAUUAGAGAAUAUUUCCAAGUACCUUCUUUUCAUUCUAAUAUUUCCUUCCGUUUGAACAAACUGGAAGCUUCUACUCGCUCACUUUUCACAGGUACGUUACACGACACAGCUGAUAUCUCUUAAACGAUCGUAUCGUGUCGUUUGUAUGUAAUUUUUAGCAGUUCUUCCUUCAGUGGAAGGUAAACCUCCUUGUUGGAGAAGAAAACGAAUAGGAAGAUUCGAUUCGCUGAAUUGUGACUCGUUUUACAACGCGAUUCUAGAUCUGCUUCUGAAAGCGAAGGAUUUGCGGAGUUGGAAACUCGAUUAUGGAGCGUGAAAUUCAAGCAGGGACGUGUUUCCAUCAUACGGGAUCGAAUUUCAAUUAAAAUGGUAAUCAAACUUUCACCAACGGCACGUUACGAAAUUCUGGCCGCCGACGGAAGCAAUAAAUGCGCGAGAUUAAUCGAAUGGAAGUACAAGAAACUGCGAGAGAGCCGUGAACACGGAUUGAAGGAAGCAACGUCGUUAUAUAGUUGUCGGAUCGUGGAUCGUGUUAAAGUUAAAUCGCCAUUAUUUCAUUUUCCGGUCAAACCAUCGCGUUAUGGGCCGUCCGCUGCGAAAAUCUAAUUUAAAACUCGCCCCCGUUUCUUACUCAAAGGGAAAUCGGCCGACACGAAACGCAACGCGAUCCAACGGGGCAAAAACUUGGCGAAAACCGUUUCCCGUGGGUGGAGAGAAAGCAACGGCUAUUAAUAAAACGCGAGAUUCAUUUAUAAACCUGGCCAUUUCUAUAGCGAAUAAAGUCCACUGUUCGAGUACCGCGGUUACGAAUGUUUCACGGCUCCGCGGCUUUUAUAUAACGGAACUUCCCGCGACGUUUCCGUCAUGGCGAUAUUUAUGCCUCAACAGUGUGCGUGUUAUACGUAA